GGCCAACCUUGGAGAUCAUCAAAGAAGCGCAAAAGUCGCCAAAUGCGAGCAAAAAUGGUGGUGCGAGUUACAGGGACAGUUUCCUAUCGCGUCCAACUACCUUUUCGCCUGGCUGCAGGAGGUGCUUUCACGAAUCGAACCCAUGGAACAUCCGGAAUUUCUCUUCGGCUUGAGUUUUUUGCACGUGUUGCAAGCUUGCCGAAAUCUAAGUGGAAAGGCUACAACCUUUUCCGACAUCGUGGACGAGCUGCACGCAAUGGCAUUUGAACGUCGAGGUCACACCGUGAAGGCGAGUUUUACUGACUGGUUUGGGUUCACUAGUCCUUUUUUCUUCGCGGACAAGCGAAAUCAGAUUCAGAAUGAGCAAAAAGUCGAUGUCUCGAAAGUGUCGGCGUUCACGUGGACAGAGGAGACGACGAAAUUGAUUGCCUACGACCCGUUUCUCAUCCGCCUUUUUCUGUUCUACACGCCCUGGCCAGAGUUUUUCACUGCUGCUGAUUUUCAUCGCGUCCCAGUCUGGCUGGCGUUCGACUGCCUGGUCAUGAAGUGGAGAGUGUAUCGAAAAGCGAAGAACUUCGUGCAGCUGGACUGGAACGACCCCCCAGACAUGGAGACUAUCCUGCGAAAAAGCGCUUCAUGGAUUCGGGAGAUACUGUCGUCUUCAAAUUCAGUCCGUUGUGGGGAACAAAAUAGCGCGGAAGACGACAUGAUGAUGCUGCG